AUGCGAGAGGUGAGGCUGACAUGGUUCGGGCAUGUUAGAAGGAGAAGACAGAUGCCCCCAGCCAGGAGGUGUGAGAGGUUGACCUGGGGGGGAGGGGGUAAGAGGAAGGGUAGAGGUAGGCCAAAGAAGUCUUGGAGAAAGGUGAUCAGGCGGGACAUGACACAGCUUGAGCUAAUCGAGGACAUGACCCUGGAUAUGAGGGUGUUCAGGUUGAGAAUGAUGGUAGAAGUUGCUAUCAGUGAUUCUUCCAUCUUCUUUAGUCGCAGGUCUAUCGGAAACAGUCUCCCACUCAGGAUCCCAAAUGUUAAAGGAGAAUUGGGCUCAGCCUGUUCGCUCAAGAAUGCUGCACCAAACUGA